AUUUUGCAAAUGGUUAGCCAAGAUUUCACAACUCCGAUCACCCCUCCGGUCAAUCUGGAUUCUUGCCAAAUCUGUCCCGUUCUGAUUUUGAUCUAUGCUAAUACAUACAGGAAGGUAAAACAACAUAGACCCAGAUGUGCGUGGAUGACAAUGGAUCGUCAUGUGAAAUCCGAGUGAUAAUUUCUAGGUAAUUUUUGUAGAUUUUCUACCAAAAGUGUCGUUUUGCCUUACAGAUCCUCAGCCUUCGUCAGACCGACAACUCUUAAUCUGGCUACGUCUGUGAAUUUUGGUAACCCCCUCGGAUGCUCGUGUACAAAUAGUCCGGUUUAUGCACUGCUAUUUUUGCUAUCCACUGCUUGUUUAACUGAACACUAAAGUCUUUUGUCUCCAAUAGUUGGUCGGUCCUGAAAGAACAGCGACAUCGUGAUGUGAGAUCAUGACAAAGGCAUCUCAAGUCAAGAUAAUUGUCUUUGUACGGACAAAGACUAUUGUUUGUAUUGAUUUGUGUGACGAUCAAGAAACGUAAAGCACAGCUACUUUCAUGGUUGAUCUUAGAAUUCCUUAAGAUAAUGGUUUGAAUAUAAUUCAUAUUGCAUUUCUGUAAAAGUCAACGGCACGAUUAUUUCAGUUACAUUCAGCAGGACAUUCCAUCGUUCCUAAUUGAGAGUCUUGACUCACAGAGAAGUAUGUAAGAAAUUCUCUCGGUGGUCAAAUAUGGAUAAACAAGAUCUUGCCGAGUUGACGUCUUUCCAGAGUACAGAUCAAAAGUGAACUGCAUAGAACAGUGGAUUCUGCAGUGAGCUUUGGCGGUGGCAUGUGGAAUUUCAAAUGAUUCUACGUCACUGAAUGGCAAUCCCAACCCGAAAUGGUUCAGAUUACUGACAGACAAUGCCGAGGAAUUACACUGCAACAAAGCACAUCUGAUAACGAGGUAAUUUUUUGUUAAUCGUUGUCACAUUGUUUUUUUAUACCUCUAAUACAUAUUUUCAUUUUUUUUAGACCUUUAAAAAAUUGACAAGUUUGGAGAAGUUGCAUUUAUCGUGUCAUUUAGAUAAUGUUGACUACCACCGUCUAAAAACAUCACCAUAUCAGAAGUUUUACCAGAUUGGAAUUGAACAUUUUAUCGCACUUAAAUGCUCGAAUUGUGAUGUUCUCAAGAGGUGCCUUGCUCUGAAAUUGGGUGUAAUUCUCAUUUUCACCUUAAGGAUGUGUUACUGACGGAACCCCUCAGUUCCGAAGAAGCUACGAGGAACGCAGAGUGGAACAAGGGCUGUUUGGCUCUGUCCUGUACUCCUGCAGCAGUACAACAUAUUCGCAAUUUCUCGUGGAUUUCAUUGGCGCCGUGGUCUGCAAAUCUCCUGGUUGUCCUGGGAAUCACGAUGCAUGUCCAAGGAAUUGUCGUGGAUAACGCCAAGAAAAUGAAAACGAUUGGAUUAAUGUGAUUUUGUGGCUGGGGUUAAAGUUAGGGCAUCCAUCGGUGGGAAUUUUUUACCCAUAUUUCCAAAAAGGCUGGUGAGAGGAGGACUGUUACAAUGUCAUCUCAAACAUCAGUUCUGCAUCUUUGUGGAAGGGGGAUGUUGGGAUGAAGCGGUCCACUAUGGGGUUCUCCAAGUUGGCACUCCUGACCCUUCCAGCCCUCCUCGCCCUGAUCAGCCUGUCUCAUGAGGCGGAGAAGGUUCCCAUACUGAACAUUGCAGUGAUACUAGGACGCACGCGCUACAUCUCCGAAAGGGAUAUUCGGGCCCUGUGGAGCAAGGAUGACCCCAUCGACGUCAAUGUAGUUACCCUGCUGGUGAACGAGACGGACCCAAAGAGCAUCAUCACCCACAUGUGCGACCUCAUGUCGGGGACAAAGAUCCACGGGGUGGUGUUUGGGGACGGCACCGACCAGGAAGCCAUUGCCCAGAUUUUGGAUUUUAUUUCCUCCCAGACGUUGAUACCCAUCCUGGGCAUCCACGGAGGAUCGUCCAUGAUCAUGGCGGACAAGGAUGUGAAGUCCACAUUCUUCCAGUUCGGGGCCUCCAUACAGCAGGAAGCUCUCCUGAUGCUCAACAUCAUGGAAGAGUACGACUGGCACAUCUUCUCCAUCGUGACCAGCAAGUUCCCCGGCUACCAGGACUUCAUCAACAUCCUUAAGACCACCGUGGAGAACAGCUUUGUGGGCUGGGACCUGCAGCACAUCAUCAGCCUGGACGCGGUGGACGGCGACAGCAAGGCGCCGAUCCAGCUGAAGAAGGUGAACUCGCCGGUGAUCCUGCUCUUCUGCUCCAAGGACGAGGCGGCCAUCAUCCUGGAGGAGGGCCGCUCCCUGGGCCUGACGGGCUACGGCUUCAUCUGGAUCGUGCCCAGCUUGACCACCGGCAACCCGGAUAUCACCCCGAACGAGUUUCCCUCAGGGAUGGUCUCCGUCUCCUACGACGACUGGGACUACCCCUUGGAGGCGCGGGUGCGUGACGGCCUUGGGAUUAUUACUACAGCGGCGGUGGCCAUGUUGGAAGAGUACGGGGACAUUCCGGAGGCCAAGACCAGCUGCUACGGCCCCAUGGAGAAGGCCAAGUUACCAGCCAGCGCUCUGCACAAGUACAUGAUGAACGUGACCUGGGACGGCAGGGACUUGUCCUUCACUGAGGACGGCUACCAGGAAUACCCCAAGCUGGUGGUCAUUGUGCUGAACAAGGACAGGGAGUGGGAGAAGAUGGGUAAGUGGGAGAACCGGACCCUGACCCUGAAGUUCCCCGUGUGGCCGCGCUACAACGCGUUCGGCGACGCCGAGCCCGACGACAAUCACCUGAGCAUCGUCACGCUGGAGGAGGCGCCCUUCGUCAUCGUGGAGAACGUGGAGCGUCGCACCGGCACGUGCAUGAGGAACUCGGUGCCCUGCCGCAAGUACAUCAAAGACAACGCCACCGAGGGAGGUGGGACCUACAUCAAAAAGUGCUGCAAGGGCUUCUGCAUCGACAUCCUGAAGCGGAUCGCCAGGAACGUCAAGUUCACCUACGACCUGUACCUGGUGGUCAACGGCAGGCACGGCAAGAAGAUCAACAACAUGUGGAACGGUCUGGUCGGGGAGGUGGUGUACAAGAAGGCUGUGAUGGCCGUCGGGUCCUUGACAAUCAAUGAGGAGCGCUCCGAGGUCAUCGAUUUCUCCGUCCCAUUCGUGGAAACAGGGAUUAGCGUGAUGGUAUCCCGGAGCAACGGGACAGUCUCUCCGUCAGCGUUUUUGGAGCCCUUCAGCGCAUCCGUGUGGGUGAUGAUGUUUGUGAUGUUGCUACUGGUCACAGCCAUGGCCGUCUUCUUGUUCGAGUACGUCAGCCCGCUGGGAUUCAACAGGAACCUGGCCCAGGGCAGAGAUCCGCACGGACCCUCCUUCACCAUGGGCAAGGCGGUGUGGCUACUCUGGGGUCUGGUGUUCAACAACUCCGUGCCCGUGCAGAACCCCCGCGGCACCACCAGUAAGUUCAUCGUGUCCGUUUGGGCCUUCUUCGCUGUCAUCUUCCUGGCCAGCUACACUGCCAACCUGGCCGCCUUCAUGAUCCAGGAGGAGUUUGUGGACCAGGUCACUGGUUUGAGUGACAGGAAGUUCCAGAGUCCGUACUCCUAUUCGCCCCCAUUCCGUUUCGGGACGGUUCCCAACGGGAGCACUGAGAGGAACAUCAGGAAGAACUAUCCGGACAUGCACCAGUACAUGACGAAGUACCACCAGGGCGGGGUGCUGGAUGCACUGGUCAGCCUUAAGACUGGAAAAUUGGAUGCCUUCAUCUACGACGCGGCUGUGCUGAACUACAUGGCUGGGAGAGAUGAGGGCUGCAAGCUGGUCACCAUCGGCAGCGGCUACAUCUUCGCCACCACUGGCUAUGGAAUAGCCUUGCAGAAAGGCUCCUACUGGAAACGCGAGGUCGACCUUGCCAUAUUAGCCAUCAUUGGAGACGGCGAGAUGGAGGAGCUGGAGGCCCAAUGGCUGACUGGCAUCUGCCACAACGAGAAGAACGAGGUGAUGAGCAGCCAGCUGGACGUGGACAACAUGGCCGGCGUCUUCUACAUGCUGGCCACAGCCAUGGGCCUGAGCCUCAUCACCUUCGUGUGGGAGCACCUGUUCUACUGGCGCCUGCGCUACUGCUUCACCGGGGUCUGCGAUGGCACACCGGGCCUGCUCUUCUCCAUUAGCAGGGGCAUAUGGAGCUGCAUCCACGGCGUCCACAUCGAGAUGAACAAGAAGUCGUCCGACCUGGACUUCAGUCCCCAGGCCAACAUGCUAAAGCUGGUCAAGUCGGCCAAGCAGAUGACCAACAUGACCAACCUCAGCGCCUCGCGGAUCAACUCGCCCAAGCGUGCGGCCGAGUACAUGCACUCCGCGAGCCCCAUGAUCAUGGACAUGAUGGCCGAGAAGGGCAACUUCAUCUACACCGACAACCGCAGCUACACCCCAAAGGACAUGAUCUACGGCGACCCCGGCGACCUGCAGACCUACCUGGCCAACCGGCACAAGGACCACCUGAACAACUACAUCUUCCAGGGCCAACACCCGCUCACCCUAAACGAGACCAACCCCAACACGGUGGAGGUGGCGGUGAGCGCAGAUGCGUCGCAGACUAACGCCAAGCCCAGGGCCCUGUGGAAGAAGUCUGUGGACACCGUGCGACAGGGUCAGGGCCCCGACACUUUGGCCCCGGACCCCCGGCUGUCUAUGAAGAGCCAGAGGUACCUGCCGGAGGAGGCGGCCCACUCCGACAUCUCCGAGUGCUCCAGCAGGGCCGCCUCCUACCAGGAUCCGGAUAAUAACAAGCACCUAAAACCCAAGGACAACUUAAAAAAAAGAUCGACAACAUCAAAAUACCCUAGGGAUUGCAGCGAAGCGGAGCUGUCCUACUUAAAGACUAAGCAGGUCGGCCCGAAAAUAUACACCAUAGACUCUGACCGGGAGCUGAGCCUGCACUCAGAUCCACUGCACUACAGAGAAAGCAGGGGCUUGGCUACAGACGAUUUGGAUUUCCCCGAGAUGUACUCCGACCACAACGACAAUUACCGCAAAUGCGACCAGCCCAUCAUUCAUCUCAACAGCAGUCCCCUCCAUCACACAGACUCCGACCUGCUCCCCGACAACGCCUACAACAAGCACUACAGCAACGCCAAGGACAAGCCCCUCAGCCCUCACGAGAGCAACGACCGCUACAAACAGACUCACUGCCGCAGCUGUCUAUCCAAGGUUCCAAACUUCCCUGCCGGCGCCACCCACUACCCCGGCCCGCUUCGCUCCCCCUACAACCGCUGUGAAGCUUGCUUGCACAUGGGCAACCUCUAUGACAUAAGCGAGGACCAGAUGCUCCAGGACGCUAUCAGCGGCGGUGCCAGCAUGCACCAGGACGACAUGUUCGGCAGCUACUGGCCGCAGACGGAUGGGCCGCACGUCCAAAAGCGGAAUCGCCUGCGACUGAGCCGCCAGCACUCUUUUGACAAUAUCAUGCUGGAGAAGCCAAAGGAGAUCGACCUGAACCGGCCGGCGCGCAGUGUCAGCCUCAAGGAGAAGGAUCGCUUCCUAGAGGACAGCCCUUACGCGAACAUGUUCAACUUCAAGGCCGACAAACUGUUCGGCAGCAGGUCCAUGCUCUUCAACCAUAACCUGGAGGAGAGCAAGCGCAGCAAGUCGCUGUACCCCGACCACACCUCAGACAAUCCCUUCAUGCACUCUUUACGAGACGACACGCGCCUCUUCCACGGCCGCAGCUCCUCUGACAUUUACAAACAGUUAGCCCCCAUCAAAACGCGAAACGAAAACAAUCUGAGGUCCUCAGUUAAGUCCACCACUUCAUACUGCUCCAGGGAUGGUCGAAUACCCAAGGACAUGUACUUUUCAGAGCAUGUAAUGCCUUAUGUAGCCAACAAGACUAGUGCAUACUCAGCUCCCCGGGUCCUCAAUUCAGCGCAGUUCAGCAAUAGAAGAGUGUAUAAGAAAAUACCUAGUCUUGAGUCAGAUGUUUAAUGGCCUCUUUGUGUAGUUUAAAGACAUAUAUACAUAUAUAUAUAUAAAUAUACAGUAUAUUCACUUAGGAUGCCAUAGCCACCUCCAUCUAAAAUCAAAAAAAGUACCCGAGUACUCUCUCUUUACAGAUAUCACAUCCUUGUAUGAAACGAGUUGGCCGCAUGGUGCUUGCCAAAGGUUUUCAGCAUUUUAAAGUUACCCAGUCUGGGUGGGGUUGGGGUGGGUCUGUUGGACUAAUUGCAAACAGACAAUAAGUAAGUCAUUCGCCCGUGUAAUGGGGGGAUUAGGGCCGCAUAGGCCAUUACAGAAACCAGUGCCGUGUAUGAAACCAGCACUUGGCUCUCGGCUCCACGCAUUCUCCAGAGAUGUGUGGAGCCGAGACAGGAUGGACUGCCCUGAAAGUCCACUCCGAGGCAUAGUGACGGCGCGGGACGGGAUGGCGACGGGCUUCAGGGGGGGGUUAGUUUUGGGUAGAGUAAAAAAAAACGCAAAGCUGCAUGUGUCGCGCGAGCGUCGCCAACCCGGUCGGGACUCGUUUGCAGGUUUCAUCACAAAGAGAGCUGAAACCAGUCCGUCCUCUGGUCUGAGACGUCUUGGGCUAAAAUGAGAUAUUUUUAGGAGUUGUUUACAGACACGGGAGCUGAAGUCGAGUUAAGGGUAUACUCAUUCUAUGGCACUCAACAAUGACAACAUAGCAUUGUUGCUUUUAUUCUAUAACUAUAGAUUUUUGGGAGGAUUCUGGCAUUUUGAUCCCCCGUUUAGACUUUAGAAUUUAGCUUAUUUGGUAGCACAAUAACCAUUAGUUAUCUACCCAUCUUUGCUUUCUAAAGCAUAAUUUUGAAUUUACCUUCAGGAAUAGAUUAUUUUGCAUGUAUUGUUCUGGUAUUGGAAAAGAACACUCACCCAUAUUUACAUUAAGGUGAAGAUCAUCGAAAGCGGAUGCUUGUGCAAUUAACACUUGACCUGUACUUAGGAAGUUGACGCGACCCUGGAAGGCAUUGAAACACUCACAUAAUGCCAGUGGAGAUUGACUAGGAAUAAUCUCCCUCAGAAACAGGGUACUGACUACUGUGGAGUUGUGUGUUCGAAAGUUGGAUGAAAACUUGUGAUCGAACUUUGUUCCACAGAUAUUGUGUUCAGUGCUUCUGCUUUGUUGCUACACACACUGUGACACUGAACAAAUGCUUCACUUUUGUUGUUGGAGACUGUUUAUUUCUAUGUGUUGUCGAUGGGGAGACACAGGCUGUCUUGCCAAUAUGUUUCCAUUGAGUCAUUUAAAUGUAAAGACUAAUGCAUGUACAACCUUGGGUAAGCUUGAAGAAUUGAGAACUUUGAUUUAAUUACAUUUUUUGCUCAGCGCACAGCCAGCACACACACUCACUCUCACACUCUACCACAUACACACAUAAACACCAACACAUAAACACACACACAUACACACUUGUACACAGCAACGAACCAUAGGGUAUUACCAGGCAAACUUGAUGUUCUGCAGAACUAUUUAUUUAUUGCUGUAUAUUAUGUAAAGUACUUUGUAGAAAAUUAAUUAGCAAGUUCUCCAUGUAACUUUGAUUUGACCACACAGCCAAAAAUUGUGCUCCACUACUUUUUAUAUCAAAAACAAAUACCUCAGGAUGGUUUUUGUGGACAUUGUAUUAUCCGAGGCCAGACAGCAGAGGUGAAGCAAAGGAUACUCUGGCAUGCCGAGUGUUGCAUGUCACACAGUGAAGUCUAUCUGUCCUCUCUGUUACCGUUGUUUACUCGUUACAAGGUCUUCCAAACGUAGCCAUCUUUUUCAAGUGAAAGGUUACGAAACACAAUUAAACAAGCGGGAACAACAACAGUAAAAAAAACACAACAACAACAACAACAAAAAAAUUAGGAGAGAAGAUGUUGUGGGAGGUUUGUGUGGUCGCCUCUGUGUUCAGGUUGCUGUUUGUUGCCCUUACUCACAUACUUGUAGCAAAAGGCUACCAACAAAUGGAAGACGUGCCAUUUUCCCCUGUAUGAACCGAGAGGUGUUAUCGCACAUGGAAAAAAAAAAGAAUUGAAAAGAAAAAAUGACAGAGUUUCUACACCAUGGACUGUACAGGGCGUUGUCAUAUCACUUUGAAAAACAUCUGCCAGUAUGGGAUUUUGUAAGCGAACUUGAUCUUAGUAUUUAUUUCAGCUUACCCAAUGUUCUGAAAUCAUUUCUGUAGAACACUCAUUGACAUAAUCAUAAUAAUUGUCAUCAUUAUCAUUAUAUUUAUCUUUUUAAGUGCUGCUUGAAAAAGCUAAUGUGUGAGAAAUAUGCACAUGUAAAAUAUCAAGUUCUAGUAAAAAAAAAAAAGAAAAAAGUAUGAAAUGUCCUUUUUUUGACUAUUUU